UUCAAGAUGGCGGCGUCCACAGAAGAUUGGAUGUGUGAGGAGUUAGCGAAACUGGGAAUUGAUGCUAAUGAAGAAAGUGCAAGGUACAUUCUUGCUAUUGAAACUGCCAAAGAUCUGGAGGAGUAUAUGCUAGAUCUGCUAGAUGCAAGUGACUCAAAAGUGCGCAGAUUUGUGAAAGAGCUUCUCAAUCGGUGGCGCCCUCCUUCAAGUCUGCAAGUGCCUGAUAAUGUGCUGGUUUACCGAAAAGGAAAAGACAGUGAUGAGUUUACUCAGGGAUCACAAAAAACAAAGAAAAAGAAACAAAAACAAGAGAAUAAAAACAAUUCAAAUUCUUCCCAAGAAAAUAUUAAUGGAGUGAUAGACCACAACCAGAUGUCAGUUCCUUCAAUUGUAGAAAGUUCUCAUGUCCAUGCUGACACAGUGAAAAAGAAAUCCAAAUUUGUUCCUCUCUACAGUCAGGAAGGCCAAGAGAAAACAGUCCUCAAGUUGCCUGGUCGUCACACGUGUGAGUGCCAGGCCGCCAAGCAUUCACUUGUCAACAACUGUACCGGCUGUGGGCGUGUGGUGUGUCAGCAGGAGGGGUCAGGCCCCUGUGUCUUUUGUGGGACAUUGGUGUGUACGCGGGAGGAACUGGAGGUCCUGAACCGAGGGUCCAAGAAGAGUGAAAAACUGCGGCAGCAGUUGAUGAAGGGGGCUACGAUAGUGCCGUUCCUGGAGAUGGAGGGGGGAGGGGGAGGCAUGUUGCCCAUGGCGGCUGUCAAGAUGAACGACGGACUGGAAAAGGCAAUCAAGCACAAGGAGAAACUACUGGACUAUGAUAGGACCAGUGUGAGACGAACCAAAGUGAUAGAUGAUGAAAGCGACUACUUUGCAUCAGACUCCAAGUGGCUCAGCAAGAAAGACAGGGAAGCACUGAAGAAACGUGAGGCAGAGCUCCGCAGUCAGAGGUUUGCGUCGAGGAAAGACAGGAAAAUAACGCUUGACUUUGCUGGGCGUCAAGUGAUUGAUGUGGAAUCGGACACUGGAAAAUACAUGUAUGACGCUAAUGAUGAGGUGGUGCAACAAGUUUACCAAGGUGCACGACCCAAACACUCACCUAGUCCUUACACUUUGCAGGAAUCUGGGAAUAUACUGAACCCCACUAUAGUGCAGCCAGCCCCAACAUUUGUCUCAAAACAGUCUUCAUUUAGUCGGAAGGUUAUAGGUCAGAGUUCUUCUGGGGACGUUGACCCUCAUGCCAAGUCAGCUCGUAUCCAGGACCGUGAGUUGCUGGAGAUGACAGACGAGGGCAUGUGCAUGAGCAUGCAUCAGCCAUGGGCAACACUGCUCAUCAAGGGAAUCAAAAUUCAUGAAGGCCGGACAUGGUACACAGCCCACCGAGGCCGCCUGUGGAUCGCCGCCACAUCAAAGUCCCCCAACACACAGGAAACACACGAAGUGGAGCAGAUGUAUCAGUAUCUCUACACAGAUCCCAACAUAUCCUUCCCCAGCAACUACCCUGCGGGCUGUCUGCUGGGCUGUGUGGAUGUCGUAGACUGCCUCUCUCAGGAGGAGUACAGACAACAGUUCCCAGAUGGCGAGUCUGCAUCACCGUAUGUGUUCAUCUGUGAGAACCCACAGGAGCUAAUUGUCAAAUUCCCAAUCAAGGGAAAACACAAAAUAUAUAAACUCGACAGUCGCAUACACCAAGCUGCUAAGAAAGGUCUACGCCAGUCAAGCCAAUCAAAUCAUUGACAGUAGCUGAUUUUAGAGAGGAGCUUGUUAUUUUAAUUAAUGUUAGUUCAUCUGGUGUAUAAAAAUGUGUUUGAACGGGUUGACAUGUACAGGAUAGAUGACUGCUAGUCAGGAAACUGUUAUGUUAUUAUGCUAUGAGGUUGAAACAGGGUCGACCUGUUCAAGGUUAGGUGACAUCUGUCACUGUGUCAGUCAUGAAACUGUUGUGUCGUGAAGUUGAUGGGUUGACAGAUCAUGGCUGGUAAUACAUACCGGUUGUUAACUUUCAAAAAUCCAAUAUGUAGCUUUGGUGGCACCCAGGAAUCAUCAUGACACCUUAUGGUCACUCUGGAAGUCAUUGUGGCACCUUUUGUAUCGACCAGGGAGUCACUAUGAUACUGUGUGUAUUGACCAGGGAGUCAUGGUGACUCCUUGUGUAUCAACCAGGGAGUCAUUGUGACACCUUGUGUAUCGACCAGGGAGUCAUUGAGACAUCUUGUGUAUAUCCCAGGGAAUCAUUGUGACACCUUGUGUAUCUACCAGGGAAUCAUUGUGACACCUUGUGUAUCGACCAGGGAAUCAUUGUGACACCUUGUGUAUCGACCAGGGAGUCAUUGUGACACCUUGUGUAUCUACCAGGGAGUCAUUGUGACACUAUGUGUUUCAACCAGGGACUUGUUGUGACACUGUGUGUAUCGACCAGGGAGUCAUUUUGACACAGUGUGUAUUGACCAGGGACUCGUUGUAACACCUGUGUAUCGACCUUGGCCUCUAUGACACUUUGUGUAUCACCCUAGGAUAACCUCAUUGCUCAUCAUACAUUUAAUACGUCACUUUCAAACCUCUUGUUUUCAAACAGAUUCAUGUGGUUGUGGAUAUGACAUGACAAUCUUGCUGUACAAAAUAGGAUAUACUUUUUAUAUUGACAAAAGUCUUUUCGGGAGGUUUUUAGCUCUCUAGGACUGGAAGCCCAAGUGAGCUUAUGGCAAGGUGGGUUGUCCAUCGUAUGUCCAUCUAUCCAACCAUAGACUUCUUAGGAACUUUAGGCGUUUAGGGGAAUGACAUGAAAAUAUUUAAAAUCUUUAAGAAUCUUCUGCUAGCAAACUGAAACACCCAUAGAGCUGAAACAUAAGGCAAUGUGGGAUCAGGAUAUGACUUAAGUUCAUGGCUUUGGAACGAAAAAUGUAGUUGUUUUUAUUUAAAUAUGAUUCUUAUAUGAGGCUUAUCUUCUUAUUAACCUGAAGGACCAGAGAGCUGACAUUUUGGUCGGAUAUGUAGCUCCACAGUCAUCAUACCGAGGCUAGGGAGUUAACUGACUGUAAGAAGUCAAGUUUCUACCCUUGCCGAACUAGGCUGGAAUUUUAGCGCCCCCAGUGGUGAUUACGAUUUAUGUCCCUUCUAUGGCCCUCCUAUGGACCAAUAACAUCCUACCUCUUAUAUCACUUGUAUUUGCUUAAAACAAAAUGAUGGUGCCCAGUGAAGACGAUCUGAAUCGAUGAUCAAGAUAUAUAAUUGGAAUAAAAUGAGUCCUAUUUAGUGAAAUGCAUCAAAUCAUGUGAGCACCUUGAUUAAAAACAUGAAAAGAUUUGGAAAAUCUGUUGAUGCCAAGUACGCAUGCUUUGCAAAUCCUGCACUCGACCGAAAUCUGCAUGGCAGUUA